AUGAACAAAUAUAUUAACACGUCAAAAGCCAAACUAAAAAUGUUAAAUGACCUAUUCGUAAAUGCAACUGAGAACACGGACAUUUGCCUCAAUAAGAAGAAAGAUGUAUCCAUAGACCCAAACUUCACUAUUAUACCAAAUGAUAACGUAACAAAAUUUUACAAUGCCGAAAACAAUUAUAUACAAAAAAUUGAUAACAUCGAAGAGAAAGAAAACGAUGACGAAUUAAAAUUUGUAACGAAUAAAACACAAAGUAUACCAAUCAUAAAUCCAUCUUACAUAAGAGAACGAAACUUUAAUGAAAAAAACAAAUACAUAGAUACAAGUUUUGUUAAUAAUUUGGCCAAAAUAUCUACAGAUGAUAUAGGCUUAAGCCAUAUGAACAAUUAUGAAAAAAAAUAUUAUUCGACUUAUAAUAAUGAAGGAAACUAUUCGAAUAACCAAUAUAUAAAUGCAACAAAUGAAUAUUACAUAACUAAAUCGGUGGAAGAAAAGAUUCCUAACACAGGAAUACCUACUGAGCAUUUUGUUUAUAACAAUGGUGUUUUGCAAUAUGAAGAUAGCAUGAAAAACUGGACCAGCAAUAGCAGAUAUUUGUAUUUCAUUGAAAAAGAAAAGGAAAAGGAUGAAAAACGGAAAGAAACAAAGUUAAAAGAUAUAACUCUUAAGGAUUCAAUUAUCCCAGACAAAUAUGAAAAAAUUCUUUUAAAAUAUGAUUUUAUUAGUGAUAAAACAAAAAUGGAUAACUUAAUAUUAGAUGUGUUAAAUAAUAAAUUUGAAGAGGAUACUCAGACAUAUGACAAUACAAAAUCCAAAGAGGAAAUUAAAUCUGGCAGCCAUGAACUUAAACAAUCGAAUGAAGUUAGAAAAAAUGAGGGCCUCAAUGUAAUUAAAAAUAAAAAUACUAAAUAUAAUAGAUAUAUCAUUUCCGAUUAUUUGCAUUAUUAUAAUUAUUUCAAUAAUGAUAUAAAUCAUUCACACGAAUCAGCAUCAGAUAGUUAUGAAUAUGAGCCUCAAAAAAAUAAUAACAAUCUCAUAUGUAGGUCAAUAAGCAAAAGAGAAUUCAAAAACGAAAGUUAUGACAACAAUAAAUCAAUUUAUAAUAAUGAAGAAAAUAUAAAUAUAGAAAAAAUUACUUACUUUAUUCCCGAAAAUUUCGCUAUGAAUAUAUUUUUGCCUCAAGAACAAAUUGUUAAAAAACAUGAUACUUAUCUCGGUGACAAUAUGGAACCCGUUUUAAAAAUAAAAAAAAUAAGAUGGAAUAAAAAAAAAAUCAAAUUUGAAAAGGAAUUAUUACAAAAGUAUAACUAUGUAGACAAUUAUUAUUCCCACGGAUAUUGUACACGAAUUGCUAAUAAUUUGAUGAAAAAAUUCAAGAAAGAACGAAUUAAUAUUUACGACAUUAAGACGAAAAAAAUGAAUAAUAAAGCGAAAGAAGAUAUUAUAGAAGAAGAAAAUCUUAGAAAAAUGAGGCUAAAUAAUUUACUGUGUCUGUCUGAAAGUGCUAUAGAUGAACAAAAUAAUUACGAACAAGAAAUGGAAAAUACAAAAGAAGAAAGUUAUAAAACUGAUAGUUAUAUCUCUUUUGAUGAUAUAGACAAUAGAAGUAUAAAUAAUUUAAAAAAAAAAUACAAAGUAUUGAAAAAAAGUGAUAAUGACCAUGAAAGAGAUUUAAAAAAAUUAAAAUUUUAUUUAUGUAAAAAAUUAAACAAGAAAAAAUACAUUAAAAAGCCUAUGAAAAUAAAGAAAGAAAAAACUAAAAAAGAGAAAAUUCAAAAAAUUAUGAAAUAUUCAUCAAAAGUUGGUUACAAUCUUUUAGCUCAAUUACAGAAAGGAGAAUUAAAAGCAGAGAGUGAAGAAGAAUCCGAAUUAAGCGAAUUAGAAGAAGGAGAAUUGUUCGAUGAUCAGGAUAAGAAUACCGAAGAUCUUAAUAGUUCAGAAUAUACUUAUUCCUCUUUAACACUUUCAUUUUCUGAAUAUUUAAAUAUACGAGAAGCAUAUUAUAAUGACAAUUCUUAUGAAAAAAUAUUUUACCCUAAAGACCCCAAAAUGAACGUUACGUACAUUUACGAUACUGUGGAUUUUUAUAAUAUUUCUAAAGGAAAGAUAUUGAACAAAAGACAUAUGCUCAUGGAAAUGCUCAUAUUCAAUAUAAAAUUUUAUGAAAGAAGCAAUUUUAUAAAAGAAGAAGAUUUAUCGUACUCAUUCGAAAUAAAUGAAAAUUGGAAAAUAGCUAUAGAAAAAAAAACGGAUGAUAUAGACGAAUUAGUUAUAGGAAUGGGUAACAAUAAUGAAAAUCACAGUAGCUUUGGUUUAUCUGGUGAUAAAAAUAAGAUAAGAAUAAUUUAUAAUAAUAUAAAUAAAAGAAUAUUAUUAGCUAAAUAUAUUAAAUAUUUAAAUUAUAUAUCAUCUGGUACUAUUGACAAUGCAGCUGCAUUUUUUUUAUAUGAAACUGAUACAUUAGAUUUAAGAAAUGUUCAAUAUGAUAAAGUUGCAGAUUCUAUAAUAUGUCUCCAUUUAAAAAAUUUUAAAAAUAUUGAUAAUAUAAAUAUAGCAAAUAGAUCAAUGGAUUUUGAAAAUUUGUGUGAAUUUUUAUCUCUUCUAAAUAUUAAACAAUACAGUACAUUAAAUUUAUCCAAAAACCCGUUAUUUUUAGAUUUAACAUUUCAUAGUAAAAAAAAAGAUAUAGAUUGUGUUAUAGAUAUUUUUAAGAAAAACGUAAAAUUAAAUGAAUUAAUUAUUGAUUUUGUCGAUUUGUCAAAUCCACUAGGUGAAUAUUUUAUUACAAGUUUAUUACUAAAUACAAACAUAACCUUUUUAAGUUUAAUAAAUUGUAAUAUUGGAUCAGAUAAUAUAAAAAAUAUAAUAAAUGCUUUGGAGCACCGAAAAGUAAACAUGAUAUAUCCUAUAAAUUAUAUAAAUAUCGAAUUUAAUAAUUUAACAUAUUAUGAUAUAAUAUCUUUAAUUAAAACGCUAUGUAUAUUAAAUAAAAAUUUUAAAAAAUUAUAUAUAUGUGGAAAUCUAGUUCAAGAAAAUAUUUUUGAUGUAUCAUUUGCGUUUAAAAGAAAAAAGAAAUUAAUUGAAAUGGACAAAUACAAUAAGCAAGUACCAGAUCUUUUCCAUUUUGAUAAUAUUUAUGAUGUUAAAAAUAACCUUUUUUGUAAUUUGAGAGGCACUGCUGAGUUGACAGAAAACUCUAAAGUUUCCAAUGUCACCUUUGAGUUAUAUCUUAAGUAUUUAUAUAUUAUGGCCCCAGAAGACAAAUUGUACACAAUUAGAAAUAUCACAACUAUUAAAAGGCGAUAUCAAAGGUUUUUGAGCAUCGUAGCUUUACAUGAUAAAAAAGAAAUAAAUAUACAACUAAACCUUUUCAGAGAAAAUAACAUCACAUUAUUUAACAAUUUAAUUAAAAAAAGCUUUCAUGCUGAAAUGUAUUAUAACAAACAAGUUAAUGCCAAUAAAUUCGUAAAUGAAAAUAUUUUAAAUUAUUUUUCCAUGAGGAUUAAAAAUGAAUUGAAUUUUUAUCACUACAACGUCACGCCUGAAGAAAUUCAUUAUGUUUUGGAUUUGUGCAAAAAAAAUUUCGUAAAGAAUAUAAAUCUUAGUUGCUGUUAUUUAACGAAUGAUGAUAUUUUAUAUUUCAACACAGCCAAAAAUGAUUCUUAUAAAAUAAAUGUUUAUAAUAUUUCUUUAAAUAACAAUUUAUUUACUUCCGAUAUACAAAUAGAUCAGCUAAUUAAAUUUAUUUCCAAUUUUUCAAUUUAUUUUAAAAUUAAUCUAAAUAACUUGAAUAUAGGAGCCAACUCAUCGACAUAUAAAUUAUUUUUUUACAUUUUAAAUGAUACGAAAUCCAAGAUUGUUAUGUUGGAUAAUUGUAAUUUGGGAAACUCUUUUUUAUUCAAUGUAAAUAAGAAUAUUCAAGAUGUGAAUACAAAUGAUUACUUAAAUGUUUUGUCAAUGCAAUAUAAUGAAUUCAAUAAUAAAAAGGAAAUGCUAAAGUUUUUAAAUAAAAUAAUUAUUAAAUGUAAGCAAAUUAAAAAAAUAAAAAUAUUUUCCAAUUAUAUAACUGAAGAAGAAACUAAACUUAUAGCAAAGCAUAUAAUAAAAAAAAAUAUUGUUUCAUUCGAAGAUACUUAUGAUGUACCAUCAUCACAUAAACGUAACAGAAAAUUUUCAAAACUAUCCAAAAAAAUAAAUAAUAUAGAUUGUAAUACUGAGCUGACACCCAAUGAAAUAAAAAAAAUUACAGAAUUUUUUCAAAAAGAACAAAAAAAUGGUAUAAAUGAUAACAAACAUAAUUCCCCAUUAAAUGAUCGUUACCAUUUAAGUGAUUUAAAAACCAAGAACAUUAAGAACUCUUUUAUUAAAAAGUAA